AGGCGUGGCCGGGAUCGCGGCGCCGAGGCGGGUUGGCCUCUCCUCAGACCUCUGUGAAGGCGGUUGCUUGCGGUGAGAAGCCCAGCCACUGCUCCCCGCCCUCAGAGAGCCGAGCUACCUCACAGGCGCCACCAUGACAGGCGGCUUCUGCGUCCCGGUACUCCUGGCCGCCUGGCUCGCGGCGACAGCGGCGGAGGGUCUCGAGCAGGCCGGGCUGCCGGCCGAGGAGAGCCGUGUGCAGCCCAUGACCGCCUCCAACUGGACGCUGGUGAUGGAGGGCGAGUGGAUGCUGAAAUUUUAUGCUCCAUGGUGUCCAUCCUGCCAGCAGACUGAUUCUGAAUGGGAGACUUUUGCAAAGAAUGGAGAAACACUUCAGAUCAGUGUGGGAAAGGUGGAUGUCAUUCAAGAACCAGGUUUGAGUGGCCGCUUCUUUGUCACCACUCUCCCAGCAUUUUUUCAUGCAAAAGAUGGGAUAUUCCGCCGUUACCGUGGUCCAGGAAUCUAUGAAGAUUUACAGAAUUACAUAUUAGAGAAGAAAUGGCAAUCAGUUGAGCCUCUCACUGGCUGGAAGUCCCCAGCCUCUCUAACGAUGUCUGGAAUGGCUGGUCUUUUUAGCAUCUCUGGCAAGAUUUGGCACCUUCACAACUAUUUCACAGUGACCCUUGGAAUUCCUGCAUGGUGUUCUUACGUUUUUUUCGUCAUUGCCACUUUGGUGUUUGGCCUGUUCAUGGGUCUGAUCCUGGUGGUGAUCUCAGAAUGUUUCUGUGUGCCUCUUCCAAGAGCUUCCUCUGAACGCUGUGAGCAGGAGCAGAGGCCUGGAGAGGCUCAAGGAGCUGAGCAGCUACAGGAUGCAGAGGAAGAAAAGGAUGACUCAAAUGAAGAAGAAAACAAAGACAGUCUUGUGGAUGAUGAGGAAGAGAAAGAGGACCUUGGAGAUGAGGAUGAAGGAGAAGAUGAGGAAGAGGACAACUUGGCAGGCAUCAUGGAUGAGGAGAGAAGUGACACCAAUGAGCAAGGAGUUGUGAAGGAGGGUAGUGUGUCCCCGAAGGAGGACGAAGCUCAUCCGGCUGACACUCAGGACAUGGUGGAAGACUCCCUGAGGCAGCGCAAGAGUCAGAAUGCCAACAAGGGAUCAUAGGCUACAUUAUGACAUUUCCAAAAAUACAGGCCAAAAAAGAAGUCUGUUUCCCUCUGGUCUGCAGUUUAAGCCAAGUCCUUAGUUGUUUGUUUUGUUUUUCUGAAUGACCAAUGUUCACUUUUAAAAGAUGAUCUCUGGCCCUGUGGUUACAUGGCAGUAAGCCUCAAUGUUGUAAAGAGAGGUGUAGCACUUAGCCACCAUAGUGUUAGGGACUUUGUGGGGACUUGUAGAGAACAAGUAGAUGUGCUUGGGAGCCAAAGAGUAAAUCAGAGGACUUCUCUGCAGUUCUCACUAGCACCUUAAGAAAUGAGGUUGCUGCUUAAUAAAGUGAGAGCAAAACCACAGCACUCCAGAGCAUCCUUGAAGUACAGGAAGUCUUUGCCUUCGGUGUUAAGCAUGUGUUUUAGUCAUGUCAGAAACAUCAGGUACCACAGCUCCCCAGCACUGUUUUGAGGCUAGAAAUUAUGGAGACCUGAGUAUAGAUAGAACUUCAGCAUGGAGCUAGGGAGUCAUCUAAGCUCUUUUGGUCUCUGUUGUCUUUUGUUUCUUAUCUUUCAUCUCUAUGACUUUUCCACCUUGCACUUUCAGACUCCCAUGUUUCACAGCUGCUCUGUAGUGAGAAGAGCAGGCAGCAGUGAUCUGCAUUGAUUACCCUUACUUGACGUAAAGCUUGAGGUAACCACAAUUGAGGAGGCUAAGACUGCCAAGUGUCUCAAAGACAUGCUAUUCUCUCUGAAAAUUCAAAAGGCAGUAGCAGUUUCAUAGGACAGGUACACGCAACAUCUUGUUUGGGUCCUAUAGUUACAGGAUAACUCUUCAAGAGUUUCUUCAGCCACAUUCUUUGUUUUUCUGAACCCAAAGUGCUCUAAGUCUUGUCACUAUAAGGUAUUUUUAUAAAGCUGACUUCAGGUCUGUGGUUGUUAGUUUCCAUCUCAAGAAAUCUCUCUGGAACCACUUUAAUAACAACUGAAAAGGCAUGUCUGCUUUGCUUUUAGUGAUACCCUUUUGGUGAAAAAAAAUUGAUGAAAGUCAAUAUCAGGAGGUAAAUGAUUUUGUUUCUUUCUAUCUCCCUUGAUCCUCUGGAGAAUUGUAUGAUUAUAAAUCUCUGCUCAAUCCAAUAUCAGUAUCAAGGAACCCAGCUUCCUUAAAAAAAAAAAAAAAAAAA